CAACACUACUAUAUAACAAAUAAUUUGAGCCAUGGUUAAUGUAGACGGUGACAUAGUGCGAAUGUUACGCUCGGAAGCUGGCAAGAACCCUACCGUCAGAAUGGCCGGCAGUUUAGCACAAGUUUUGAUUUGCAAGCCUUUCCAUACUAUCUCCAUUCUGCUUCAGGUUGGUUACGAGCCACUUCCUCCGACGUUCAGGCAACCGAGCAUGUUCUUCUUCUCUGGGGGUUAUUACUAUCCUAACAUCUUCAAAUACAUGAAAUAUUUGGCAGACAAAGAAGGAUCCCGCCUAGUCCUCUACCGAGGUCUGACACCCCGACUAGGAGGGGUCUUCAUUACAAACUCUGUCAGGAGUGAGGUGUUAGCGGCACUUCCAGUUUCUACUAGCAAGUGUCCUCCUGAACAGAUUGCUUCUGAGGUAGGGAGGCAGUGCGCAGCAACAGCUCUAGCAGUGAUAACAUCGCAUCCUCUGUUAGUUGUUACAAACCGGAUGAUAGUUUCACUUAUUGGGGGAGAGGAUAAGUACAGUACUGUCACUGGUGCUAUUGCUACUAUCUUCACUGAGGAAGGUCUGUUAGGGUUCUACGCGGGUAUAAUCCCACAUUUAUUGGGAGAGGUAUCUGGUAAAGCUAUUGAGGUUCUCAUUCAAGAGAUAGUCGAGAAAAUGGAGAUAAACAAGAAGUUAGGACUUCCAGCCCCGGCAGAAGGUAAAACUACUCUUCCUGUUUCUGCUAUUCACGGCUUCCUAUCAUACCCACUACAGUUGACUACAACGAUAAUGACGGUUAACAACUGCGGGUUAGCUGUAUCUGAUCUCCCUGCUGUACAGGGUACUCAGGAGGGAUGGUUCGCUUGUAUCAAGGCUCUGUGGAACUCUGGUAACAUUAAAAGAGGUAGUAACCUGAUGUUCGCACGUAAAGCAGCCGACCAGUCAUGGCACACUCCUCCUACACCUGCUGCUGCCUUCGUCGGCAGACAGUCUCCGAGCAUAUUGCAUGAACCUUUGUUCCCUACACCAGUGCCCUUAAAUCAUAACGCAAAUCUUCUUUCAGAAGCGCCACCGAACACUGCAGAAGCUUUAAAGAUUUCUGAAGAGCUUUUGCUCCCUCUUGAUGCGCCUGCCAUCACUGAAGCGCCAUCGAACACUGCAGAAGCAUGGAAGAUUGCUGAUGCACAUUUACUCACUAUCAAAGCGCCUGCCAUCGCUGAAGUUCCAACAGUUGAUGCAGCAUCUGUGAUCCCUGUUGAAGCUUCCCCGAUGACUGCAGUAGCUUGGGCGAUCGCUGAUGCACAUGUGAAGGCUACUGACACCUUGGUCAUCGCUGACGUUCCUGCUGUAGCUGUGGAGAUGAAUUCUACUCUGACAACUCUAAAUGCAGUUGUCGAUGCAGCCGAACCAGUUAUCGAUGCAGUUGUCGAUGCUGCCCCUGCAGUUGUCGAUGCAGUUGUUGAAGCAGCCCCUGCAGUUGUUGAUGCAGUUGUCGAAGCAGCUCCUGCCGUUGUCGAUGCAGUCCAUGCAAUUGUUGAUGCAGCCGAACCAGUUAUCGAUGCAGUUGUUGAUGCUGCCCCUGCAGUUGUCGAUGCAGUUGUCGAAACAGCUCCUGCAGUUGUCGACGCAGUUGUCGAAACAGCCCCUGCAGUUAUCGAUGCAGUUGUUGAUGUUGUUUGUCCAGACGGGACAUGUGGACUACAAGCAGUGGCCUCAGAGUAGAAUCUCUCCAUUUCUCAUAUCACAUGUGCCAUAUGUCCAUUGUCCAGGUAUAAUAGGUUGUCAAUCACGUGGUAUUACUCGUGCUGGAUUGGUUAAGGAUUGAACAUAUUUUGUGGAAGCGGGCCGGUAUGUCUGGUAUGUCUGGUAUUAUUGUGGGUUGGGUAGGUAUGGCUGGUAUGAUAUGAUUAAGGAAACACUUAAAUUCUCGAUAAGAAAUCCCUAUUGACUUAGAAGCAUAGUUUUAAGUCCGUGAGAUUAUAAUAUGGCACACUUGAAGUUUGAACGGCUGCUCGUUAUCAAAUUCAAUUUGAUAUUAAUUGCGGAAGUCGCAUUUUGCCGCAUGGAUGAUGGAUGCAGUGAAGCAGUUAAGUGCUAAUUGCAAGUGCAUCUCUUCAAGAAGUUUAUACAAUUUGAGAUCGGACAUCUUUAAAUACGAUAUUCAGUACUAUCCAGUAAUUAUGAUCAAUUAAGUAAUUAUAAUGUCCCGUAAUUAAUCAAUUAAUUAACUAUCAUUACUCUCUAUAUAAUAUAUUAUAAGGUCUGAUUGGUAAGAUUUUCUGAAGUACGGGUUAUAAAAUGCUGCAGUUUCUUUAUCUUACUCUUAGUUGCAAAUAGUUGUGUUAUUAAUUUAUUAAUAUGUAAGUUUAUCAGAGCUCCUUUAUAAUCUACAGGCGUUUUUGAACGACUCUCAGUUUACGAUUGCAGGUUAAGAGUCAUUAUUUUAAUGGUUAAAUAAGGUGCAUACACGGUUCACAAUAUUACGUAGGGUUUGUGCAAUUAUUUUUUAAAAUGUCUUGUUUGCUUAAUGCUUAAGUUUUGGUUUUACAAAAUUACUUCUUU